UACUACUACUACUACUACUACUACUACUACUACUACUACUACUACUACUACUACUACUACUACUACUACUACUACUACUACUACUACUACUACUACUACUACUACUACUACUACUACUACUACUACAUCUUUCAAAUGA